CACACACACCCUCCUGAAACAGCUAUAUAAACUGAACGGGAUGUUCAUUAAUAUCAUUCUGCUCACAUCGUGACCAUCAUCAUUAUCAUCAUCAUCAUCAUCACCAUCAUCAGGCAUGAUCUCUCGUGGUCUCCUGCUGGUUCUGCUGGUUCUCACCUGCCUUCAGUCUUUUACAACGGCCCAGAGUGUAAAUGAACCAGCAACAUGCUGUUUCAGUUACCAUAGAAGUCCAAUCCCUAUAGGAAACAUUACAGAGUAUAAAGUAACAGACCGUCACUGUACAAAACCUGGAGUCAUCUUUACCCUGAAGAAGAGCAGCCGUCAGGUGUGUGUAGAUCCUGAACUCAAGUGGGUGCAGAGACACAUGGAAAGACUUUACCAGAUCCUGAAUGAAAGACUGAACAAACCUUAAUAAAGUGUUUAAAUCCUGAUUUGAGUUUUCUAAUCAGACACGAUACAGUAAAAGACUUCAAUAAAUAAUGACUGAAAUAUAA